AUGACCGUGAUCAUGCUUCACACGAAUGGCCCGCAUGGUGUUACCGCAUUACACAAAACAACAACCCACUAUGACACGAGACGAGCGGACACAGAACAGAAAAUGGCAAUAUCGUGGUCUCGGACACAGAAAGCGCAACGCAAAACAACGAAAGAUAUAGACUACAACAAGAGACGAAUGGACACAGGGGAGACUAACAGAAAAUGGCAAUAUCGUGGUCUCGGAGACAGAAGGCGCGACGCAAAACAACGCAAGAUAUAG